UCAUUCCAGUCGUCCAAGCUCGAGGACGCCAAGAGGUGCUGAUCAACGUCCUCAGGAAUAUUUAGUCUGUUCCCCAUUCUCGGCCAAGACCUUGAAGAGGUUGUCGCGGAGCCAGUCCUGGGGUUGGUAAGGUACGGACGGCAGGAGGUUGAGGGUUACAAUGAGGAUACAAGUCUUGAGCCAUUGGAUUCAGAGGCCGCCGAGGGUAUGUGUAGGCUUCGACCUGUUCUCUGGACAGUUGGUGCCUUGGUUGAACCUGGGGACUCGUCGAGGAAACCGGCGGGUAUCUCGGACCAAUUGGUAGCAGCCUCGAUGAGUUCUCACCAGAAGUGGGAGGGACCGGCAGAGGUCGAAUCUUUGCAUCGCGUAUCGGCGGUCCAACGGUGCUUCCUGCACAGUGAGAAGGAACUUUGGAUACCUGGGACUGUGGAGAUACCCAAGGUUCAGGUAACUUUCGACGUCCCAUAGGGUCCGAACUAGCAGCUGGCGGAAAUUGAGGUGCCGAAACGUAGGGACCACUGGCAGAGAUUGGAGGUCCCUGCUCUACACAAACGAAUUCAUCUGCAGAUUGGUUGUCGUACGCAGAUUUGUUCGGCAU